AGACAUGGCCCGGAUAUCUAUCCAGAAGAAGCUUGUAAAGCGACCGGCAAAAAGCUGGAGAAUGAAUUCAACCGCGAAUUGAACUUAGCUGAAGAGAAGCCACUCUGCACUAGAAGCCCGUUGCAGUGGGAUGGCGUCUUGGGAUUGUCGGAUCCUGUUUCUGUGAUUGGUGCGGGAGUCAAGAUGCAGUGGGUGAUACAGCCUCCACCGAGGCAAACCCCACAAUCCCCUCAUAGAGCGACGUGCGAGAGCUGUUGGCGUGUCCGGAUCUCGAGGCCCUGCGUUAUUGUUUCAACGUGGGGAAUCAAAUUUGCCUUGGUACCAGGCAACCAAACAUAUACCGGGCGAUAGCAGUGCGCAUGACCCCAAAUUUUUCUCCGUGGGAGGAAUGGGUAUGAUUUAAAAAGACCCUUUGCGCCUUGGUCUGGACGGCACCGAUAUCAGACUCCAGUCGCACGAAGUAAAACACACACAUCGCCCACCAUGAGCCCUUCAGCAGUCGAAGGAAAUGGGGUCGCAGACGUCAAGACGACUCUCAAGCCUAACAUUGGCGUUUACACCAACCCCAACCAUGAUCUCUGGGUAACGGCUGCUGAACCCUCUGCUGAAGCCGUCAAGUCCGGCUCCGACUUGAAGCACGGCGAGGUCAGUGUUGCUAUCCGCAGCACUGGUAUCUGCGGCUCCGAUGUUCACUUCUGGCAUGCUGGUUGCAUCGGUCCUAUGAUUGUAGAGGGCGACCACAUCCUGGGCCAUGAGUCGGCCGGCGAGGUGAUCGCUGUGCACCCGUCUGUCAGCCAUCUCAAGGUUGGCGACAGGGUCGCUGUCGAGCCAAAUAUCCCCUGCGGUACCUGCGAGCCCUGCCUUACUGGCCGAUACAAUGGUUGUGAGAGCGUCCUAUUCCUGUCAACACCACCUGUUCCUGGCAUGUUGCGCCGAUAUAUCAACCACCCGGCUGUCUGGUGUCAUAAGAUUGGAAAUAUGUCUUUUGAGAACGGCGCUCUCCUCGAGCCCCUCAGUGUUGCCCUUGCUGGCAUGCAGAGAGCCCAGGUCGCCCUGGGAGACCCCGUCCUGAUUUGCGGUGCUGGACCUAUCGGGUUGAUCACCCUUCAGUGCUGUGCUGCCGCAGGUGCUUCUCCUAUCGUCAUCACGGACAUUUCAGAGAGCCGGCUGGCAUUUGCUAAAGAGCUCUGCCCUCGCGUGAUUACACACAAGGUCGAGCGACAGUCAGCUGAGGAUUCUGCCAAAGCAAUUGUCAAGACCUUUGGAGGUAUCGAGCCCAGUGUUGCUCUGGAGUGCACCGGUGUCGAAAGUAGCAUUGCCGCUGCCGUCUGGUCAGUUAAGUUUGGCGGUAAGGUGUUUAUCAUUGGCGUCGGAAAGAACGAGAUCAACAUCCCCUUCAUGCGCGCAAGUGUACGGGAAGUCGACAUUCAGCUACAGUACCGUUAUUGUAACACCUGGCCCAGAGCUAUCCGCUUGGUUGAGAACAACGUAGUUGACCUCUCAAAGCUCGUCACUCACAAGUUCAAGCUUGAGGAUGCCAUCAAGGCGUUUGAGACGUCGGCAGAUGCCAAGAGCGGGGCCAUCAAGGUCAUGAUCCAGAGCUUGGAUUGAAAAAGGGAGUAAUAAUCAAUAUAAACUUGGUGCUCGGCGUAUGUUAUUGAUUUCUAGGCGCUGGUCCGUUAGAAGACCGUACAGAUAGCCUCUAUUUGGGAUAUAGACACGAGAAUAUGAAAUUUGGUGAAGAACUUUGGGCGACGAACUGAUGAUGUGAAU